UUUACCACGCGUCUGGUGUUCGUUUGUACUGUUUUCAUUCAUAUUAUUAAUCAUCCCGCAAUAAUAUAAGACGUGUGUCACGCAGCGAGUGAUUUUUCUCUAAUUAUCCAGGAAAUUAAUGUAUCGCAGAACGUUAAUCUCUUCUCGUCGUUUCAUGCCGCUGAUUUUGCGGUAUCACGGAAAUUUUCAGAUCACAGAAAGGUGUAUUUACGUUGAGAUACUUUUACAGUAUCGUGAAUCGUAGCUCGAAACUCGUCUUUCGUUCCUGGCGUUGUUUCAGGACAUUAGUUUUAACCGUUUUGUGCGAAUUGUGCGUUGCAAAAUCAUUCCGGAGGAAACCUAACCUAUAACAGCAUUUGAGGUUAUAUUUGCGUUGAUCCUCUACAGAUAGGAAAAACAUUUUUCUCUGAAUCAUUCGUCCACGUUUCAAAGCUUUUCAAGGAUUCUACUAAAAGUGUUUGCAGUAAAUUAAAGAUAAGAGCACCGUGAGUAACCAUGCCUACUUGGAACCAGAUUCAGGCUCAACUGCGAAACCCCAAUAAUCCAGUCGUGUUCUUCGACGUAUCGGUGGGAACCACGGAGAUAGGUCGUAUGAUCUUUGAGCUAUUCGAGGAUGUCUGCCCAAAAACAUCGGAGAACUUCCGACAGUUUUGCACCGGGGAGUACAGAAAGGAUGGCGUUCCGUUGGGUUUUAAAGGUGCCAUCUUCCACAGAGUAAUCAAGGACUUUAUGAUACAAGGCGGUGAUUUUGUCAAUGGUGAUGGUACUGGGGUAUUGAGCAUUUACAGCGGUGGAACAUUCCCUGAUGAAAACUUUACAUUGAAACAUGACUCACCUGGUCUAUUGUCUAUGGCAAACAGCGGCAAGGAUACCAAUGGCUGUCAGUUCUUCAUCACGUGUGCCAAGUGUAAUUUCUUGGAUGGCAAGCACGUUGUCUUUGGUAGAGUUAUUGAUGGCCUUCUUGUUAUGAGAAAGGUAGAAAAUGUUCCUACUGGACCAAAUAAUAAACCAAAGAUUCCUGUGACGAUAUCUCAGUGUGGACAGAUGUAGUGAUAAUGUUAUUUUGAUCUUCAUAUGA